GCCCAUUUCUUCCUGUUGUUAGGCUGGUGAAACUGAAAGUGCUGCUGCGGCAGCCGCCGCCACUUUAAUCUGGUUAUUUCACCUUCAAACGUGCAGAGAAGGGGCGAUCGGGUGGGCGGUAGAGUCUGUCAAGAGCAAAGCAUGAACGGAGGAGUGGAUUAUCUCCUCUCUGAGGAAGUGAUCAAUCUCACCAGAGGACCUUCAGGCUUGGGCUUUAAUAUAGUUGGUGGGACAGACCAGCAGUACAUCUCCAACGACACGGGCAUCUAUGUUAGUCGGAUCAAAGCAGAUGGCGCCGCUGCUCUUGAUGGACGCCUGCAGGAGGGAGACAAAAUUUUAACAGUCAAUGGCAAGGAGCUGAAGAAUAUGUUGCACCAGCAUGUUGUGGAUCUGUUCAGGACAGCAGGUGAUAAUGUAUCACUAAAGGUUCAACACAGGCUGCUGCCUCAGAACGGUCCCUCAAGCCACAGAGGGGAUGGAGAGCCAGGAGACCUGCCCUUGGCUGUGAUCCUGGUGCCAGGGCUGGCCAUAGCAGCAGCUGUAGUAUGGGCCUUCCUGAGAUAUCGGCAACGGGUGUGACCCACGCCUCUUCUAGAAGACCUUGCAGCAUAGAAAAAACUACAGAUUUAUUAAGUAAUUUUAAGAGAACAAACCAAUGAUCUUAUUCUGGAUUAACAUUGGGGAAUGGGAUAGGGAGGGGAGAAUCAUUGCCUAAUGUACAGUUGCUUCUGCUUGUGAUGUUGUGUUUUUCACGUACAUUGAGGAACGAUGAUUGUUUGUGAACUGGGAUCUUCCACUUCAGUGGUUCCAUGGAAAACGGCUCAAUCACCUUCUGAUUUCUUUUUUGCCCCAUGAAUUUUCACAUGCUCUGUGUUUUUAAAAUACAGGCUGUGAGGCGCAAGGUCUAUACAGUGAGCCUCUCCUGACCAGGGAGGGCUUCUGACAUUAUCCUCCUGCUGCUUGGGAAGUUGCUCCUAAAACUUGGGCAAAACAUCUGGAGGAGUUGCCUGCCUCAUGGUUUGAUGGAUGGGACUAGGGGUGUCAUAUGCCUUGGAGAGUGUAGGAAAUCAUGUUUGCUUGUUCAAAGGGGCUCCUUAGAUUACACACACCGCAUCUAGGUGAGAUGCAAAAAGGAAUAUUGGAUAUUUUUUGUAAAUUAAGUCUUAUUUUAUAAUUUACCCUCUUAAAUUUUCUCAGUCUGUGCAUAUGCCCCCUUCAAUCAGUAAUGAAAGACAAAAAUAAUUGCGUAUGUAUAUAUUUUUAGUGAUUUGAGGGGGGUGGGGGAGGAGGAACUAUUCUUUUAAAGAUAUGCCUUAAAGAAAUAUAUUGAGUUUAAUCUAUGUCUUCAUAGUUAGAAGUUCUCACUUCAGGUUUUACUGACAUAAAACAAGCCAUAACUGUUUGAAUUGGUCCUGAAAAGCAUAAUAGGAUAGGGUGGGGAAGGGAAGGGAGGGGAAUGAGAAGUGCCAACCGCUAGGAUAACUUAGAUUUAUAGUCAAGUUUUCAUUGACUUGGAAGUUGAAGUUCCAUCGAAAUUGAUGGAGUUGACCCCAAGCAUAGGACUGGGUACAAGGAAGAGGUUCACAGGAGAUGUAAAAAGAAGCUUGGAUUACAAUGAGGGGCAACAUAUGGCUUAAAAGAAGUCUGAUCACCCGGGGCUGUAGGAAAGUGUGAAAUAUUAAGGCAGCCUUUUCCAACAUGAUACCCUUCAGCUGUUGUUGGACUAUAGCUCCCAUCAUCCAUGACCAUUAGCCAUGCUGUCUGGGGAUGAUGGGAGUUGGAAGCCAAAAACCUCUGAAGGGCACCAGGUUGAGGAAGCUGUGUUAAGGCAAAGUAACACUUGGUGGUCUACUCAAAGACCUUUCUGCCAAAGGUGAUGUGCUAUCCUUGGGGAUAUUGGUCUAUCCACGCCACUGCUUUCCUAUUGAAGCACUGGGUGAUGUGGCUUCUGGGAAAUGCACCUAUAGCUAAUAUAUACACUGGAGAAUGAAUUUGGUGACAAGUUUACAUUGUAGAAAGAAAGUUAACCUUAGUCAUUCUUCUUGUACACCUGACCAGCAGAUGCCAAUUUGAUGCUGUAUAGACCGGUCCAGUCAGGGGAGAGGGGAGGGAAGAGAAAAUUCAUCUGUAAGUCACUGUGCUAGUGUGGUACAACUAGGUAUGUAGAGGUAAACUGACCUUGCUGUCUGCCCUGGGCAGAUGGGCAGGAAGAUCAGCUUAAGCUGAAUAUCAGUGAGUACAGACCCCAGUGGACAAAGUAUAUCAUACUGUAUCCAUAUUAACACAAUUCAUGCAUCUUGGUUCUUAGCAUCUUUAGGAAGUAGGAAAAUACGCAUUGUCCAAUUGCAUUCCAUUGGCUUUGCUCUAAACGUAAGAAAUGGAUAACAUCUAGUGUUAUGUUUAACUGAUGGCUAACUUUACAGUGAGCUGGGGGAAAUCCAGUGUUCAAAUCAGUAGGACAAAAGCUGCAAUCCUGAGCGCAAUUACUAGGAAGUUGGUCGAAUGGAACUUGGUGGCACUUCCUUCCUAAUAAGCAUGUUUUGGAUUGAUGAAUCAAGCUAGUUCUUUUUGUCAGUUACUGGAGUACGAAGUGUCUCUUCUGAAUGAUGAAUGUUGUGUGUCCAUACUACACGUCCCCGAACAGCCUCCUGUGAAUGCCCAGGUUUUUGUGCCAUAAUUCUGUGGGCCCUACUGCCAGGAACCAUUUCUUAUAUGGGUGUUAGAUGAUAAUGAGAUGGAACUCAAAGGAAAGGCUGCAACAGCUUCACUUUGAAGAUGGCAAACCCUCCCAUGGUGAUUGUAUGGUGUUCAAUGGUUUGCGCUCACUCCGUGACAUCGGUGUCACUUUUCUCUGAGCGAAUGUUUUUGUAUUUCGCAAAGGAACAUGUAUGUGAGAGAUCUGUAUGAUGCCAAAAAAAUCACACAUGCAAUAUAUGGAUUGAGACUAUAAA